AUGGAGUUGGUUAAGAGGCAGUCCUUUAUCGGGCUUCUGCUAGCCACGCUGCUGGCCUUCUCUCUCGUCCCGGCUGUGUUUGCCCGGGCAGCGGGAGGCGGGCCUAAGCUCGAGAGCCGUGCAGAUGGCGACAAAUACCUGAUCGGUGUAGGAAAGGCUGACAUUACUGGCCCUGUUGUCGAAAUAGGCUUCGCUGGUUACGCCGACCUGGCUCAAAAAGGCGCCGGGCUGCGACAGCGGCUAUACAGCCGAGCCUUCAUUGUUGGGGAUGUCAAUAAACCAGAAGACCGCUUCGUCUACUUGGUUCUGGAUAUCCAGUCUGGCGAUACUGCCAUGCGCAAUGGCAUCUUGGAGGCCCUCAAGGCUCUGGGUGGUGAUUAUGCGCUUUACGGCGAUCACAACAUUGCGGUGACGGCUACGCACAGCCAUGCUGGUCCUGGAGCCUGGUUUAAUUAUCUUCUUCCUCAGAUUACUACAUUUGGCUUUGACAAGCAGAGUUACCAGGCUAUUGUCGACGGUGCUGUUCUCUCCAUCAAGCGGGCUCAAGAGAGUCUCCAAGAGGUAGGCGAUCCAAGUCCCUCGCCUGAGUAGACUGGCUGACUGAUUUUGGACGAUAGGGUUAUCUGGAUGUUGCCACAGCAGAAGUAAAGGAUGGCUCUAUCAACCGCUCCAUCUAUGCCUACGAGGCCAAUCCUGCAGAUGAACGUGCCAAGUACAGUGAUAGUGUCGACACCACGCUCACCUUGCUUCGCUUCAAGCGUGCUUCCGAUAGCAAGAGCAUCGGUGUUCUCACAUGGCAUGCAGUCCACGCCACAUCCAUGCUCGGCAACAAUACACAUGCCGCUGGCGACAACAAGGGCCUUGCUGCCUGGUUGUUCGAGAGUGAGCUGGCUGGCUCAGACGGCGUUGCGGAUGGAUUCGUAGCAGGAUUCAGCCAGGCAAACCAUGCAGAUACAUCGCCCAACACGUUGGGCGCUUGGUGUGAUGAUGGCUCCGGCCAGCAGUGCGAUGUCAAGACAAGCACCUGUUCAGACGGCACUGUCGACGCAUGCCAUGGACGAGGACCCAAGUUUGAGGCUCUCGACCUGGGCAUCUCCAGCUGCUACGAAAUCGCAAGCCGACAGGUGACUGCUGCCAGGACAGCAUAUGUAAGUCUCAUACUGUGCAAGCCAAUAAAUGGCCUCCAAACUCACUAACGAUCGAUGACUAGAACUCCUUAUCAUCCAGUUCGAAGCCCGUGGUCGGGUCUUCUGUCAAGUCAUUCCAUUUCUUCCAGGACAUGCAAUAUUGGGAAUUCACCCGCGCGGAUGGGACCAAGGGCCAGACCUGCCCAGCUGCUCUCGGGUAUUCCUUCGCCGCAGGCACGUCUGACUGGCCAGGAAUGUUCGACUUCAAGCAAGGAGACUCUGGUGAUCCGGAUGCCAACCCCCUCUGGGAAGUGGUCAAGGGCCUCCUCAAGACCCCGACCGCGAAACAGAAAGCGUGCCAUGAACCAAAGCCCAUCCUCCUAGACGUAGGCGAGAUGUCCGACCCUUACGCGUGGACACCAAACAUCGUAGACAUCCAGGUGCUUCGCGUUGGUCAGUUCCUGAUCAUCACCAGCCCCAGCGAGGUCGCCACCAUGGCCGGCCGACGGUGGAGAGAGGCCGUCGCCUCCGAAGCGUCAACCUUCCUGGACGAGGAGCCAGUGGUGGUCCUGAGCAGCCCUGCAAACACAUAUGCCCACUACCUCACCACGCCGGAGGAGUAUGACAUCCAGCGGUACGAGGGCGCCUCGACUCUGUACGGCAGGGACUCGCUCAGCGCCUACAUCAACCUCACCGUCAGCAACCUGAACUACCUGUCCCCGGAUGCGACCGGGCAGCCAGCCCAAGGCCCACUCCCCCCGACAACAGGGACAACUCCCUGUCAUUUAUCACGGGCGUCGUGAGAGACGGCGUCCCGCUAGGCAAGUCCUUUGGCACCGUCGUCACCCAGCCGUCCGCCACAUAUGCGGUCGGUGACGUGGUAAAGGCCACCUUCCAGGGCGCCAACCCCCGCAACAACCUCCGCCUCGAGCAGACAUACCUGGCCGUCGAGAAGCAGGUCGGCAGCACCUGGACCAGGGUCCGCGACGACGCCGACUGGUUCCUCGUGUAUACGUGGCGCCGGACGGACUGGUUCCUCGGGUACAGCGAGGUGGAUGCCACCUGGGAGACGGCCGGCAACGCCGAGCCAGGCACGUACAGGUUCAAGUACUAUGGGGAUUCCAAGAAUCUGCUGGGCACCAUCUCCUCGUUUGA